AUGAUAAAACAGGAGAAGCCAACUCCAAAAAAAAAGGCAAGAGAACAGGAGCCUGCAAAGGCUGAGUUGGGAACUGAGCCUGGAGAGGCUGAGCCUGGAGAGGCUGACAGCCAGCAAGUGGCUGAUCAGGAGCCUGCAAAGGCUGCACCUGCAAGUGGCUCCAAGCCUGAAAAGGCUUUGCCAGCAAUGGCCACAGAGAAAGCCAAAGCUAAGGCAAAGGCCUUGCCAGCUCCUAGCAAAGCACAAUGGAAUGAUGUGCAUUACACAAUGAAGAAGCUUGAGAAAGCUGGCAAGAUGGAUUUGCCUGAGACAUGGAAGAAAGCUUGCUUGGGAGGUGCAGUCGCCACCCGCCCCAUGUUUGAACAGCUCUGCAUAGAAGCCUGCAAAGGCUUACCUGAAAGAGAUCAUGAGAAUGAAGCCUGGGCAAGGCUGGGUGUGAAACAAUACUAUUUCGAACAUUUUGAAGCUGAGAAGGAAAGGCAUGUGAAUGAAAGUACAACUGCGGCCAAGCAAACAGUGGAAGUCUCUGACAGGCAAGAUUUCCAAAAGGCAGAGAAGGCCCUCAUGGCUGAGCCAGAAAAUGGCCAAGUGGUUUUUGGAAAGAAAAGCCACAAGGCUGAGGCAGCCGCCAGUGCAGGGGAAGAAAAGCCUGAGGAGGCUUACAAAAAACCAUACCAAAGCCUGAAUAAGGCUGUGAAGGCUUUCUCAAGUGCAGUUGACAAGCUGCAGUUGCUGAAGACAAGCUUGGCAAAAAAGCAGAAGGAGCAGCCCAAUGCACAAUUGGCUGCCAGUGUAGGUGAAAUGGAAAGCUUGCAAAAUCAACAUGAAGACUUGAAAAGUCAGUGGGUCACCAGGCUGGCUGCAGUUGCCAGCUCAUUCCCUGCUGAUGCAGCCAGUGAUGGCUCAGAAACUGAGAAGCUUCAGCAAUGGAAGCAAGAAAUUGAGGAGCAAAACAAAAGCCUGGGUAAGGCUUUGAACCCACACAGAUUGUGGGCCAAGAAUGCAGGUUUCAUUUAA